AUGGAUCCUCAGCCAAGUACAUCACAAAAAGACGUGGAUGUUUUCUUGUCCCCAAGAAAAAAACGUCCACGAAAAGCUUUCACUGUUACUGAAAAAGUAAUGAUCCGCAACACCUACAAGCACGUGAAAAAUGAAACUUCUGCGCAAUGUAUGAGCAAAGUUGCUGACAUAUUGGGAAUAACCUCACGCUCUGUUUGUAACGUUUUGAAGGAAGUAAAUAAAGGUACGCCGCCAACUCCUCCUAAACUGGACCAAAGCAAAGUUUCAAAGAUAAAAUUGAUGAAUUUACAUUCUCCGCAAUACGAAGAAUUGUUCAUCAGUUCUUUUACCGAAAUGAACCUCCAACCAUUGCAAAGGUCAUACUGUAAAAAAAACUUGGGUGGACAAGAAAGUCACAUCAUCUCGGCAAGCGUUUUCGGAGGGACUGACCACUGGAUUAAAAAUCCAUCUGGAAAAGGCAAACGUCGAAUAAUUAGCCAUAUAGGUAGUGAAGAAGGCUUCCUGGAAAAGGGGCUCAUGAUUUUUGAAGCAAAGAAAAAUUGUGAAGAUUACCAUGAUGAGAUGAAUGCACUUUGUUUUGAGGAGUGUUUCGCUGGAGUCUUACCAAAAUUAGGACCAAACUCAAUUGUGGUGAUGGAGAAUGCACCUUACCACUCCCGAAAAUCGGAAACGGCACCAAAAAUGAGCUGGAAAAAAGCUGCCAUUCAAGAAGGGCUUUUAAAGAAAAAUAUUCAUUACGAACCAGAUGUGGUUAAAGCUACGCUUUUAGAACUGAUUCCACAUGACAAGUCUUUUAAUAAGUACGCUGUAAACGAAAUGGCAGCACAACAUAGGAUCACGGUUUUAAGACUGCCCCCUUACCAUUGUGAGCUGAACCCUAUCGAAUUGAUAUGGGCGCAGGUAAAAAGGGCGGUGAAAGGGGCAUGUAGCUCAAAA